CAGUCUUGGACCAGGAUUGUAAGAGAAGGUAGGUACGCCUGAUCAAGGUGGUCACAAUGCAGGCAAGAAGGUAGGGGAGCAAUGACUUGUAUUGGUGUAAGACUUCAACCUGGCCCUCGCAAAGGAAGAUGGGCGAGGGCCAUUGUUUAUAUACCUGCUCAGGGGUUCGGCCCGGGGAUCAGUCUGCGGUCGUGGCGCCACGGCGUAGCGUAUGCCAGCUGGCAGUGUUCUAGCCAGUUGGUGACAAGUGGUGGGCGCGCACCCUGUGCGCGCAGUUGGUGUUUGGGGUGUCCUUUUCCUUACAUCGUCCUCGAGGCUAUUAUCGAGACCAAAAAGCCUAACGACUAUAUCACUCUCGCCGAGGAAGCCAUACUCUUAUACGCCAAUAGUAUCGCCGAGAUCCCUACUAAUUUGUAGAAGGCGCGUAAAGAUAUUCCACUGUAGCUGUCACGGCGCUCAAUGGCCGUAGCAGUACUAUAUAGCUUACUACAGGUUGCAAGUUGUCAACUUGCAAUUCUGGCAUCCUUUUGGGGGUUCUAGCGCAGUGGUA